AUGAUUGCCCCAUUGCAGAAGCCCGAAGAGUCAACCGUCUCGUUCCCUGGAGAAGCACAAGAGAACAGCUCAGUCAAUGUAUAUCACACAAAAGCGGCAGCCAUCACUACAACCGAGAUUGCCGCUUCAUCUUCGUCCUCCGAUUCAGAGGGAGCCGAAGAUGUUCUCGUUGAGCGAUCAACCAGUGUGACCGACGAGGUUCAUGCUGAAAACGGAAAGACUGUGCCUGAGGCUGCAACGACCGAACACCGCGACGAUGCCUCGUAUCUCCCAGUGACCAACGGUAUCUACGUGCAAGAGGAGAGUCCGAUCUCUGAUGAUGAAGCAACAGCUAUUGCCGUGCUGAAAGUCAUUGAGACAUAUGGGGUGAACUAUGAGAAGACUGGUGCGUCCUGGCAAGGACUCACCUCGUUCAUUCCCACAGUCGUCAACCAAAUCCAAAAGAAAGAGCCGGUUCGGAUGAUCCUCCCUGCUUUCCCUUUCAAGUCUCCCAACGGCCGAGACAAGGUUUUGGGUAUCCUCCCUGACCUGGGAGAGGAGCUGGCCUUGCACCAUCUGAAUGGGCUAUGUGAGAACAUUCAGAGUGUAUAUGAACCCGGUGCAGACGUAUACAUCAGCUCUGACGGCCUCGUAUACAACGAUAUUCUGGGAGUUCCGGAUGAAACUGUGUGGGAAUACGGCGAAGCCCUGCGCAAGUUGGCAGUCGAAAAGGAACUUCACCAUAUCAAGUUCAUUCGACUCUUCGAGCUGCUCGAGCAUCCUUGGAUCCCUCUGACCAGCCCCGAGCAAGCAAAAUCCUUCUAUCUGGCACACGCUCAGUGUCUCCGCCGAGAGCUCAUGUUCCGCUUCGAAGACCGCAGCUUCGAUGCCGACGAGGCCAUCCGAAACGACGUUGAUACGUGUCUCACGUACCGCGGGUACAUCAAGUUCCUGACCAAGGAUCUUGCCCCGCAGAUGGACCUCCACUUUACUUCGAAAAAGGCCAGAGCGGCUCAUGUUGCGCGGGUUGCCCGCAGCAUGAUUGUCCGCGGCAAGAUGUUUGCUGCUGCCAUCAAGGCCAACCGGGCCGACUACGUCCGUCUGUCCAUCCAUGAUUCCAACGGGGCGAAGAAACUAUCCAUCUCCCUCAUCCCUCAGACCCGGGGGGCUCUUGGGUAUACCCCCUGGCAUGCUUCCGUCGCGGUUGGCCUGGACGGAACAUACCGCACAGUCCAUGCGGAGGAUGUGCGCGAGACGCACGACCUGAUCUACAAGAACGGGCAGCCAUACUACUUCCGCGAGAAAUCCAAGGCAUUCGACUGGACCGAAGACGGCCUAUGUGUCAAGUUUGAGCAUCUCUAUCCAUGCGGUCUUAUUAUCCGACCUAGCGAUAUCGACGACUCGCGGCCGCCCCCUUCAAUCCGCGACCUGCCGAUGCAAAAGGUCCGUGAGCUCUCGCACGGGUUGUCUCCCGUGGUCCUACGCGGCUUCCGAGAGACGCUGGAGGAGGAGAUAUACGUCCAGAAGGCAUCCGAAAUGGGUACCAUCCUCCCCUGGAGCUUCGGCAUUAUCCAGAAAGUGCGAGACGCAGGCCGCAAUGACAAGAUGGGCAACAACGUCACCUCCAACGAGGCGAUGCCCAUGCACUUCGACGGAAUGUUCAAGUUCGUGGACGAAACCGACCCCGUCACCGGCGAGGUCAAGAAAGUCCAGAAACCCCCGGGCUUCCAAUUCUUCACAUGUCCCGCCACCGCCCCCAAGGGAAGCGGUUACACGCUCUUCGCCAGCUCCCGGCUCUUCUUCCGCUACCUGCCGCUGCCCUGGACGUCCGAGCGCCUGCAGAAGAUCACCUGGGCCAUGGACAACGACGGCUUCUGGGACGCCAAGAUGGAAAAUCUGCCCCUGGUCGUGACGCAUCCCGUCACCGGGCUGCCCUGCAUGCGCUGGCAUCAGCCCUGGGACUCCACCAAGACCAAGUUCUCGACCUGUGAUGUCCGCAUCGAGAACGACGAGCAGAGCCUUAUCCCGAUCGUUGACCGGUUGACGUACGACUACCGCAUUUGCCUGCGGUUCUCGUGGGAGAGGGGCGAUAUGCUCGUGAGUGAUAACACGUCCAUGCUGCAUACCCGCACCGGGUAUAAGACCGACUGUGACCGCGAGCUGUGGAGAAUUCAUUUUGACUGA